AGGGUUGUGUAAUAACUGUAAGAUAAGAGCACUGUAUUGUAUGGGUGUACGUGGUGUUAUCCAUUCCAAAAUAUAUUUGUUUAAAGAAGACACUGAGAGAAGCAAGCAUUAAAACAGCACGUAUCAUUAUGUGAUAAACGUUAAAGUGCUCAGACAGAAUGGCGACACAUCUGACUUUCUUCCACGUUGGUCUACUGAUCUUUCUCUUUCAAAGCGUAUGCAGUGAGAACAACAAUGGCCAGCAGACGAUAACGCCCUAUUGUGACGGGUUUCUUACUCUCCAUGACACGGAACUAUCGUAUCAGAUCCGGGUGCCGACCUUUCCAUUCGGCUUCGGUGACCCGGGAAAUAAAUGUCAUUGGUACUUUUACGCUCCCCCUGGUGACGUCAUCAAGCUAGAGGUUGUUGAUCUCGCUAUUGGACAAAACGAAUCACUCACUAUCUUUGAUGGCAAUGAAAUGAUCAGCGGGACUGGAAUUGAUAUCAAGAAUUAUUUUGAACACGAUUUCGUCAGUGAGAGUAAUUCGUUAACGAUUCGGCUAGAGUCUGGACCAGUUUUCAAAGGAACAGCGGUCCUGCAUGUAAUGCUCUUGAAACGAAAAUCGAAAGGUGCUGGGAUCUUAUCGGCAAACCCCAGCCAAUGCGGUGGUGUCAUCACUCUCGACCAAUCAACGCCAUCCAUUGAACUUGAGGCGACCAAUCAGGAAGCUGGAAGUUAUCCUGCCUACUGUAGCUGGCAAAUAGUCACGCCCCCAUCAACCGUAGCAGUGCUCCGCUUUCUCGAAGUGCGUCUCGAAUUCUACGACAAUUUCAUGGUCGCCGACUCGAUGGGGAACCGGCUAGCUGAAUUCUUCAACAUCCAUUCAGUUCCCUACGAAGUGGUAUCCGACUCCAACCAAAUCCUUUGUCUGUUUGAUGCUCAUGAAGUUCAUUCGGCAUCGUACAUUCGCUUUGAAGUUUAUUUUAAUGAGACGACAACUAUUUCUGACGAGGAGGCUAUAUACCUCAUGAGUGGAGGUCACAUAAGCCUCAACGAAGACCUACCGAGUGUCUCCUUUCAGACCAAUGACUUCUCAUCCGAGUUAAGCGUUUAUUUCGGUAGCUACUGGUUCAUCAAAGGCCCAACCGGAUCCAAGUUAUCCAUCGAGAUCUCGGACAUGGACACAGGACCCGGGGUCUACCUAGACGUUCGGAGCGGUUUGAACUCCCCGAUUGCCAGUCUAUCCGGGAAUUUUGCAUUAGAUCCGAUCAUGACGUUUGAUAAUACGGCGGUUAUCUGGAUGUAUUCGCAAUGGCGGGAUCCGGGCCAAGGGAUCACAGUGAACGUGAGCAUAGCAGAUGACUUCUCCGUGGAUCCAUCGAAUACUCUCUCAUCAUGUGGAGGCUAUAUCACCCUAGAUCCAACUCACCUCCCUUCACUUUCGUUCUCCUCCCCAAACUACGGGCUCCCAAUCGACCAAUACACGGUGUGCUACUGGUACUUCACCAGCCCGCCGGGCACAAGUGUGCGGCUCGAGUUCACCGACAUCCAGACGCAGAGCGGGUACGUGUAUGUCUUUGACAGUGUCAACAACCCUGCACCAACGGUAUCGAGCAUCGCCGGUGAGGGAGUCCUACCCCCUUUCCAUUCGUCUGCAAAUGGAGUCUCUGUCCUGUACAAUGAUCUGUCAGAUAACACGAAUGGGCGUGGUCUGUUGGCAAGGGUCAGUAUAAUUGAUGCAAACACACCUAGACCAGAGACAUCAUGCGGCGGUCAAAUCAAUUUGAAUGUCAGCCAAUCUGCAAUUAAGACACCUUGGUACAACACACCCUCUGCGGUCCUCGCUACAACACUUUGUUACUGGUACAUAACAUGUCAAGCUGACAAGGUGAUCUCGUUCCAAGUCAACGACAUGCAGACCCUCGACGCGUCUCUCACAGUCUACGACUCGGUAGCCGCUCUUCAGAAGGAGGUAGCCAUCGUCAAAGGCGACACUCUUCUGACGCCUUUCUAUUCGUCGGGGCCUGGUGUGACGAUUGCUUUUGUAGACCUUCCGUCAAGCUACGUGGAACGGGGAUUUUCUGCUAUAGCCACAAUAUCAGAUCCAUUCACAUGGGACGAAUCAACCAUUAUGACGUCAUGCGGAGGAAGCAUCAGCAUGUAUUCCACUUCAACCAGUCUGACCUUUACCACGCCCUCUUACCCAAGCCUCCAACCGACCGGAUUCUUCGACUGCAGAUGGUACUUCAGCGGCCAGGACGACAUGGUGUACACAUUAGAAGUCGUCGAUCUUGACACGGCUUCAACAACUUCCUUCUACGUCUUCGACGCUGGCGAUGCGGUCACCGGAUCACAAGUUGCCGAUCUUUCUGGCAAUAACCUUGCCACAACGGUCGUUGGGUCCAAGAAUGCCCUCUUUGCGAGAUUCUAUGAUUCGUCCAUGACUGAUACAGCACGAGGGCUGAAGGCAAAGGUCACUCUAAGCGUUCCUCCAAACUGGGACGACUCUUCUACAUUUGCUAGUUGUGGUGGUGGGAUUCCUCUAGACUUCGACACCCGAACCUUCCUCUUCACGACACCUAACUACCCGGACACCAACGGCGACCACUUUGACUGCCGGUGGUAUGUCAAGUGUCCUUCGGACACCAUCGUCUCGGUCCAGUUCGUUGACUUCCAAACAGAUUCUAAUUCGUUCCUCUCCCUUCACGACGGAAGUUCUAUCUCUGACCCGGAACUGCUUCGUGCGUCUGGGUCUGUUUACCCUGCUGUAGUAAACGCAACGGGUAACGCAAUGGCUCUCCGUUUCUUGUCGAGUCGGGCCACAACCGGGAGAGGAGCGUCUAUCAUUGUUACAUUCUUAGGAGGGAAUGCUCCUACUAGUGACAUCCGUCUGGUAGGCGGUAGUGGGCCUCACGAAGGACGUGUGGAACUCUAUCAUGAUUACAUUUGGGGUACGGUGUGCGAUGAUGAUUGGGGUUUAGAGGACGCAACGGUGGUUUGUAGGAUGCUGGGGUACAGGACCGUGAUCUCAGUCUGGUCCAGGGCCUAUUUCGGGUCAGGAACGGGGCAGAUCUGGCUGGAUGAUCUUCAGUGUAGCGGAGACGAGAAGCAUGUGAUUGAAUGCACGCACGCCAUGCCCACCGGCACAAACAACUGCGGACACUCGGAAGACGCUGGCGUUACGUGUGGAGAAGGUGCCGAUAUCACUUGUGAAAGCAACUCGAUGACGGUCCUCAUCGACCGCGUUCUCUUAGCAUCCGGUGACGGGGCCAGCGACGUAUCUCUCGUUGACGACUCCUGCCUUGGUUACGACCACGACAGUGUAAGGGUGGCGGUUUCGACGUCAUUUGAUGAUUGUGGGACAACAAUGGAGGAAACAGAAGACAGCAUCAUCUUCUCUAACGUCAUCACCUACUUUGAGCCACGGUCCCAACACGGGGAGACGGUCACACGAGAUGCUAUCCUCCGCAUACCUGUCACGUGCUCUUUUGAUCGACAUGUCAUCCUUGGCAACACCUACCGACCACAGGUGGGGGUGGUCUCUUUUACCGAAGUGGGCUUCGGGAACUUCUCCUUGGACCUCGGGCGGUAUACGAAUGCGAGCUUCGCCGAUCGGGUGACCGAUGAGUCGAAGAUACUGGUCGGUGAACCGGUGUUCUUCGCGGUCAACUUGACCGCGGUGACUGAUGUGACGUUGCUGAUUGAGUCUUGCUGGGCGACGCCCCACCCAUACCCCUUCGAUCAAGCGAAGUACCACAUCAUCACUGAUGGAUGCGCUAAGGAUCCAACAGUUGAGUUCUAUGAUGGCAUCCUAAAUAAUCCGUUGAUGUCGGCUUUCUCUGUGCAAGCCUUUGGCUUUGUCGGAGAAUAUGACCAGGUGUUUAUACAUUGUGAGGUGCUGGUCUGUGACAACGGCGACUCCACUUCUCGCUGUGCUCAAGGCUGUGUGAGGAACAGAGCAAGGCGAGCCGCAGCCUCCACGCAGGCUCGGGGUUCGAGCUCCCAGCCUCACACCAUCUCAAACGGACCACUUUCUCCUCAACGUGAACGGAGGAGGGUGGAUGGGCUCGGGCACGCUAAGACAUCCGCAGGUAACACAGAUCAUGCCGAUGAUAUGAACAGAAUGGUGGCGAUGAGUGUUUCCGGAAUACUGCUGGCGGCAGGGGUCAUGAUCGCCUACGUCACAUUCUCGAAAGGUCAACGGAAGUCAAAAGGUUACCAAAAGCUGCCAAUCGAAGACCGCUCGGAUGAUGAUGCUGUCGCUAAGGCGUGAUCAAUGAUCACAAGAACGAGUGUAGAAAUCGUUCGAUCCAUUUCUGUGGAAUAUUACUAUUGCCUAAAAUAUUUGAAAAAUUGAAUCUAAGUUGUUUACGAUAUUGAUAUAGAAGCGAUCUAUUUUCCAUAGCUGUUUUUGGUUCGGAAUUUCGAAGUCAUGAACGUGUGAUGAAAUUUCUAUAGAUCAGCGAUACUGUCAUGAACAAAUGGUAUGCCUUUUGAUACCACCUUUAAUGCAGGAAAUUACAACUAAGAAUCCAUUUUUACUUCCCUUUUGAACGCGAUUAUACGGGAUGAAGUUGUUGUUGAUGAUGAUGAUGAUGAUGAUGGUGAUGCUGCCGAUGAUGAUGAUGAUGAAAUUCGUUAAAUGGACUACUGGGUAUCAGCUUAUUAUGAAUUCGAUAUGUAAGGAUUAUUGUUUUUGAAUUAUAAUGGUGUAAAUUUUACUCCAAUGUAUAAUCAUAUAUUUUGGAAUACACUGAUAGACAAAUGAGGACCAUUCUGGUAUCUCCUCAAUGCAUAUAGAUUAUUUUUCUAUUAUUAUCUUAUUAUCAGAUAAGUAUUUUAGAACAUAAAAGUAUGACACUUAUACAGUGCAAGGGGUCAUUUGCUUAUUGAGGAAUUUGAUUCGGUUUGGAUAUCCCAAUGAUUUAAAUAAAAAGAUCGAUUGAGUUUCUUUAUUUUAAGGUGCAAGUUAUAUACAAGGCUCUAAUCCUCAAGCAAAUUGACCAACAACAAAAAACUAUUCAUCAUACUUAUUGUUGUCAAGAUCUCUUUUCUGUUCAUUUUUUUGUUUAAAAAAAUGAAGUUAGAUUACAAAAACCAAUACGACCUUUUGCAAAUCGUGCGAUUACGUCAGAUCGCAAACCAAACUCAAACUGAUAACAAUCUGAAUUGGUCUAGCGCCCUCUAACGUACACUGGGAGCUGUGAUUGUUCGGUUGGUCCUUUAAUUUUAAGUAGGCUUAUUUCAGAAUAAUUAUGUCUCCAUAUGUCACGAUUUGAUGAUUUUACUUCUUUAUACAGGAUUUUUUUCUUCAAAUUCGAUUAAAAGCGUAGCUACUACAGCGUAUAAUGACAGCAAUAACCA